CUUUAACGUUUUAUUAGUAAAGUUAAGAAAAACCUCCCAAGGAAUGGUACUGUACUUUACGGAGGUUGUGCAUGCCUUCAUUAUAACCUCGACCAUCGUCGUGCUUGUAUUAUCAACACACAAUUACUUACACACACCACACGAUCAUGGCGUCAAGUAGCGCCCUUAACAUUGCCUUUGCUGGGCUAGGUGCAAUGGGGCUUGGAAUGGCAUCUCAUCUAGUCUCAGAGGGCCAUAAUGUAACUGGCUACGAUGUCUACGAACCCUCCCUGGAGAAAUUCAGGGCAGUUGGAGGAGGGGUGUCAUCGUCUCCUAAAGAGGCUGCGAGGGGAAAUCAAUAUUUAAUCUGCAUGGUCACAAACUCACAGCAAGCUGAAUCAGUAUUGUUCGAUUCGGCGAAUGGAGCUGUCCAAGCACUGCCCACAAACUCAACAGUCAUAUUAUGCUCGACAGUACCAGCAACAUUCUUAAAAUCCGUUCAACAGAAGCUAGAUUAUAUGGACCGAUCAGAUAUCCAUCUAAUCGACAGCCCUGUCUCUGGAGGAACCGUCCGAGCCUCGCAAGGAAAACUCACAAUCCUAGCAGCCGGUACAGAAUCAGCAUUACAACAAGGCCACGAAGUACUCAAGCUCCUUUCAGAAAAAUUAUACAUUAUACCCGGUGGAAUCGGCACUGCGAGCAAUGUGAAGAUGGUCAAUCAACUCCUCGCCGGAAUCCACAUCGCCGCGGCCGGCGAAGCGAUGGGCCUCGCCGCGAAAGCCGGAUUGAACACGCGACAAGUAUACGAUAUAAUCCUGACCGCAGCUGGGAGCAGUUGGAUGUUCGAGAACAGAGUACCGCAUAUGCUAGACAAUGAUCUAACCCCAUACUCAGCAUUGGAUAUCUUCGUCAAAGACAUGGGCAUCGUCACCUCCUCCGCACGGUCACACGGUUUCCCAGUCCCGCUCUCCUCGGUGGCAGAACAACUCUACCUUUCUGCUUCAUCCCAGGGCUUCGGGCGCGAGGAUGACUCGGGGAUCGUACGUAUUUUCACGCCGUCAACGCCCACAUUAGUGCACGAGAGCUCAAAGUUAGCAACUCUUCAACCCGACGUGCUCACUCCGUCAGCGACCCCCUUCGAGAUAUCCAAAGUGGGAUUCGUUGGCCUAGGCGCAAUGGGUGUCGGAAUGGCAACCUCCCUCGUGAAGGCAGGAUUCAACGUUUGGGGGUACGACGUUUACGAGCCAUCGAUUCAGAAGUUUGUUGCCGGCGGUGGCAAAGCAAUAGCAGCUACAUCGCCAGCUGAAGCAGCUAGGGAGGCAGAGGUACUAGUCCUCAUGGUCCAAAAUGCUGCCCAAGCCGGGGAUGUUUUGUUUGGAGCUGGGGCUGCCGCCAAGUCACUUCCUGAGGGAUCGAUUGUUAUACUGAACUCUACCGUAUCUCCAACGGCUGUCAGGGAUCUCUCAACACAGCUAUCGAGUUUAGGAAAGGGACUAGAGUUAAUCGACGCCCCAGUCAGUGGCGGGGUAGCGAGGGCGGCAAAGGGUGAACUUACGAUCAUAUCCUCCGGAAACGAGCUAGCCCUCUCCAAAGCCCGUCCAAUCCUCACAGCCAUGAGCGGCCAAGCAACGAACCUCCAUCGAAUCAGUGAAGGUGUCGGCGCCGCAUCGUCGGUAAAGCUGAUUAACCAACUCCUCGCCGGAGUGCACAUCGCAGCAGCAGCAGAGGCCAUGGCAUUCGGAGCCAAACUGGGCUUGGAUACAGCUAAUCUGUACGAGAUCAUCAAGAAUGCCGCUGGCGGGAGCUGGAUGUUUGAGAAUCGCGUUCCUGCUAUGCUCAAUGCGGAUUGGACGCCUCAUAGUCAACUUGCUAUUUUUGUGAAGGAUUUGGGAAUCGUCCUCGAUGAAGCAAAGAGAUUAACAUACGCCUCCCCCCUCACCGCCGCAGCCCACCAACUCUACCUCAUGGGGGAAUCCCACGGCUGGUCCAAAGACGCCGACGGCGGCGUCGUCCGAGUAUGGGAACUCAUGACCGGUGUCUCGGUCUCCUCUAGCGCAAAGACACCUGCUGCUCCCACUCACAAACCCAGGGAAUACUCUCCCCUCCCCCUCAAAGAGACACUCGCCUCCCUCCCCCCAGCAGCAGGAGGAGCAGACGACAUCCUCUCCACCAUCCGAUCCCAAGUGGACAACCCCUCAACCCCCCUCGUCAUAGCCCUCGACGACGACCCAACCGGCACCCAAACCUGCCACGACAUCGCCGUCCUCACCGUCUGGGACCACAGCACCCUCUGCAAAGAACUCCAAUCAGCAAAGGGCGGUUUCUUCAUCCUCACCAACUCGCGCGCCCUCCCCGGUCCCGAAGCCGAGAUCCUCAUCUCCGAGAUCUGCCAAAACCUAGCCAAAGCCGCUGCAGAGACGAACAAGACCUUCCAGAUUGUUCUCCGCGGGGACUCUACACUCCGCGGGCACUUCCUCGAGGAGCUCGAGAGCGCGGAGGAGGUGCUUGGAGAGGUAGAUGCCUGGAUCCUCGCACCCUUUUUCUACCAGGGCGGCAGAUACACGAUCGACGACGUGCACUACGUCGCCGAGAAGGAGGUCCUAGUCCCCGCCAGCCAGACCCCCUUUGCACAAGACGCGACAUUCGGAUACGCAUCCUCCAGCCUCCGGGACUACAUCAUCGAGAAAUCCGGCGCAAGAUUCAACCCAAAGGACAUCUUCUCCAUAACCCUCUCCGACAUCCGCCUCGGUGGCCCCGAGAAGGUAGCGGAGCGCUUACUCCAGAUACCGAGGGGGAGCGUGGUCGUCGUCAACGCGGCGGCGGAGUCGGAUAUGGCCGUCUUCGCAGCUGGAGCAAUCAGCGCUGAGCAGCAGGGAAAGAGGUAUCUCUACCGCACCGGCGCGGCGUUCGUCUCCUCGCGCCUCGGGAUAGCUGGAAAAGCACCCAUGUCGGCUGAGGAGCUGGAUAUGGGGUACCACUCCGGCGUCGCUACUACGGGCGGGCUCGUCAUCGCCGGCUCCUACGUCCCUAAGACUACAGCGCAGCUUGCGUCGUUGAGGGAGCGGAGAGGGGGGAAACUCCAUGUCAUUGAGCUGGAUGUUGGGACGCUGGUUGGGGAGGGACCGAAGGCGGAGGAGGUGGUGUCAAACGCAUUCCAGGAAGCUAGUGUCAAACUAGGAGAGGGGCAGGAUGUUCUAGUCAUGACCUCGCGGCGUCUCGUCACCGGCUCAGACGCGAUUUCGAGUCUAAAAAUCGGUGGGGUCGUCGCUGCUGCGUUAGUAAAGGUUUUGGAGAAUAUCACAGUCCGGCCGCGAUAUGUGAUCGCCAAGGGCGGCAUCACCUCCUCCGACGCAGCAACAAAAGGCCUCAAUAUGAAGCGCGCCAUGAUCCUCGGGCAAGCAGCGCUGGGCGUCCCGAUCUGGAGAUGCGAGGAGGAGACGUCGAGGCAUAAGGGGGUGCCGUAUAUUGUGUUUCCUGGGAACGUUGGGGGUGAUGAUACGCUUGCUGAGGUUGUUGAGCGGUGGGCUGUUUGAUAGAUUAUUUUUGUGUUAGUAGAAACUUUACAAGUUCUAUUUGAAUCUCUGGAAUGGAUGGGUUUGCCAUCUGAUCACUGUUUAAGUAAAUAGGGGGCGUGCAUUGGGUCGCGUUGCUGUGUGGGAGUUGUAUAAAAUGGUG